UUUAUUUCAGAUUUAUAUUUCUAUUAUUUGCUGCUAUGCUCCGCCGAAAUGUAUUCUGGGAUACAUGGCCAUCGCAAGUACGCUUAAGUCACCUCCGAUGCAUACUUGGUAAAAAUGGGCGGAGCGAGAACACUUCCGGGUUUGAGAACCGUCCUCGCUGUUCGCUUACUUGAGAAUUGGAACAGCACUUGGACUGAGGCUGAUGACGUUUUCACAAGUACGGGAGUACGCAAGUACGCACACGUACGCACAAGUAUGGAUAUUGAGAAACGGCCUCUCUGUUCAGUUUCCGGGCAGCACCUGAAGGCAGCAGCAGCUGCACCUGAAGGCAGCAUCAUUAUCAUUAUCAUCACCAGCAGAAGCAGUUCCCCUCCUCUUUCCCCGCCCCGGCUUACCCUCCUUGCCCGGCCCACAAACCACGGCUGUGUUCCCGCAGGGAGUCAUUGGUUCGCCGCGUGUCGUGAACCAUGGAGGAGUUAGCCAGAGAGAGCAUCAGCCUGCUGGCUUCAGCCUCGGCUAAGCCCCCGCUGGACGUGGCCGUGGGUCCACGACUCGGUUCCGUAGGGGCCGUUUUCAUCAUGCUGAAGUCCGCACUGGGCGCCGGACUCCUCAACUUCCCCUGGGCCUUCGAGAGAGCCGGAGGAAUCCGCAGCGCUGUGACCGUGGAGCUGGUCUCCCUCGUGUUCCUCAUCAGUGGUCUGAUCAUCCUGGGCUACUCGUCGUCCAUCAGCGGUCAGUGCACCUACCAGGCGGUGGUGAAAGAAGUGUGCGGGCCGGCCAUCGGUCAGCUGUGUGAGAUCUGCUACGUCUUCAACUUGUUCAUGAUCUCCGUAGCCUUUCUGGUCAUAGUGGAUGACCAGCUGGAGGAGUUGUGCGGCUCCAUGUAUGAGCUGGUCACUGGUCUGCCAGAGUCAGAUCUACCGCACCACUUCUACACAGACCAACGCUUUGCCCUGGUGUUGCUCUGCAUAAUCCUCAUCCUGCCGCUGUCCAUCCCCAAAGAGAUUGGCUUUCAGAAAUACAUCAGUGGUCUGGGCACUCUGGCUGCGACCUACCUGGCUAUAGCCAUCAUCAUCAAAUACCACACCAUGCCUUCUGUUAUGGUUCAUGUCACGCCGCUCUACAGCAGUGGAAUCAGCUCCUGGGCGUCAAUGUUCAGUGUCAUCCCAACCAUCUGCUUUGGUUUCCAGUGCCACGAGGCUUCCAUUGCCAUCUACAGCAGCAUGGAGAACCAGCGACUGUCUCACUGGGUCUUCAUCUCUGUGGUCUCCAUGAUCUUCUGUCUCAUAAUUUACUCCCUCACAGGGGUUUAUGGGUACCUGACAUUCGGAAAGGACGUGAGGGCCGACAUUCUGAUGUCGUACACUGGCGAUGAUAUUCUGAUUCUCAUCGCCAGGCUGCUGUUUGGAAUCUCCAUCAUCACCAUCUACCCCAUCAUCCUGCUGCUCGGCAGAUCAGUGAUCCAGGACCCCCUGCUGAGCUGGCGGCGGAAGCGUCACGGCGUGGUGACGGUGGACUUUGAAAACCGAAGCCGAUACGUGCUGACGGUGCUGUGGAUCGCAGUGACGCUGCUUAUCGCCAUCUUUGUGCCAGACAUCAGCAAGGUGAUCAGUGUCAUCGGCGGGAUCAGCGCCUUUUUCAUCUUCAUCUUCCCAGGACUGUGUUUGAUCUUUGCCAUGCAGUCUGUGCCCGUGUCCUGUAAAACCAGAGUCGUCCUCACAGUUUGGGGAGUUGUGACGCUGAUCAGUGGAGCCUUCAUCUUUGGUCAGAGCACCACCAUCGCUGUCAUGCAGCUGCUGGGAAAGAUCUGACUCCACCUCCCCUCGCAGAUCUGUGUUUUCAUGGAGAGAACGCUGACCACGUGUGAAUCCCCCCCCCCUCUCUCCCUCUCCUGUACAGCUCAUGUUGAGUUAUGGCCACCAUGGACUCUUUAAAAGUGAACUGAUCUCCCCCCUCCACACUAAGUUCAUUAUAUGGAACUUUGGCUCGGGUUACCAUGACGAUGAGCUCCGUCCUCCGAUUGAAAUCCUCAGGUAUUUCGGGCCCUUUGUUGAUUUUCUGUUUUGUACAUAUCAGUAUUGAACGUGUCAGUGUUCAGUCUGUGGGUUAUGAUGAAGAUUGACAUUUGAUGUGAGCGAGCACAAAGUUUGUCACAUAAACAUAAAACUGUCGGAGUUAACGUCAAAAAUAAUGCAAGAUCCUAACAGGAUCUGGAAGGUUCCACUGCCAUAAAAGAAAAGACGUUAGUAUGUUUAACACGAAAGAGCUGCCUCCUGGUGUGUGGGAGUAAAAACACCAAGUAUUGUUUCACGUUUGAAGAGAUUUACGGAUAAAAUUUUGCACAAAAUCACUUGGUUAAAAGACUCAAAAAGAGUCUCGGAACAGUUAUUUGCAGUAAGAGUGCACUGAUGGUAAAAGUCUGGGCCGAUUCCUACGUGACAAUUCAGCUCACAGUAAAUACCGACACUGAUGUCUUUUCUGUUUUAUUUUUGUUCACUUUGUGACGGAUAAGCAAAUAAAUCUUUAUCUUAUAACUCAAACCUGAA